AGUAAAGACACCUCUACAAUAUCACAGAGAGAGAGAGAGAGAGAGAGAGAGAGAGAGAGAGAGAGAGAGAGAGGGAGAGAGGGAGAAAGUAAAGACACCUCUACAAUAUCACAGAGAGGGAGAGAGAGAGAGAGAGAAUGAGUCGCACUGAACAGAUUAGUUUUAUUCUCGCAACAAAAUCUCUCGGGACAGCUGUGGCAACAGCGAUGCAUUAAAACAGAAUUAGAAACCGGGAAACAGAUUUGUUUUUUAAAUCCAGCGCGAAUCAAUUCUAACGCGUUUGAUCCGCUGGAAUGAGUUUUAAUGAACUGUAAACGGCUGAACUGUUUUUGUUACCUCUGUAUGGGUAUUUUAGGAACAAGGAGAUUUUUGAUGGUCGAUUAUUGAUGGUCGAUAAACUGAAUUAGGAAUAAGAUUUUUUUUUUUAUUUUUUAUAAAAGCGUCGGUUUGACGUUUAUUGUCAAUUUAUUCCUCAACAUCUGGGCAAUUCCUGCCGAAGGGAAACGUUACUACCGCGUUGAUUCAGAGACGGGGGAAAACUACAACACGCCAGUGUGCGAUUCAGCGUGUUGACAAGAAUGUCCUCCCCCACUCCUCCCUCCUCUCCCCAGAAGGUCUGCUACAGCCAGACCACCCAGACCGAUGUCCUCAAGCCACUGCUGGGCAACGCGGGGGCCCAGAACUCCGCCUCGGCACUGAGGCGCAGGAGGCGUGUCCUGUCGAAGGAUGGGCGGAGCAAUGUGCGGAUCGACCACGUGACCGGGCGCGGCGCCCUCUACCUGCGGGACCUCUGGACCACGUUCCUGGACAUGCAGUGGCGCUACAAGCUCUUCCUGUUCUCUGCCACGUUUGCUGGGACGUGGUUUUUCUUUGGAGUCCUGUGGUAUCUGGUGGCUUUGGUCCACGGGGACUUACUGGAAUUCGACCCUCCUGCGAACCACACCCCCUGCGUGAUGCAGGUCCAGACUCUGACCGGCGCGUUCCUGUUCUCCCUGGAAUCGCAAACGACCAUCGGCUACGGCUUCCGCUGCAUCACUGAGGAAUGCCCGCUCGCCAUCGUCCUCCUGAUCGUCCAGCUGGUCCUCACCAUGGUCCUGGAGAUCUUCAUCACCGGCACCUUCCUGGCUAAAGUGGCCCGGCCGAAAAAGCGCGGGGAGACGGUGAAGUUCAGCCAGCACGCGGUGAUCUCCGACCACGACGGCCGGCCCUGCCUCAUGAUCCGAGUGGCCAACAUGAGGAAGAGCCUCCUGAUCAGCUGCCAGGUGACGGGAAAGCUCCUGCAGACUUCCGUGACGAAAGAAGGCGAGACGGUGAGACUGGACCAGAGGAACGUGUCCUUCAGCGUGGACAAGUCCAGCGACAGCCCCUUCCUUAUCCUGCCGCUCACCUUCUGUCACGUGAUCGACGACGACAGUCCCUUCCGCGCGUGGGUGGACAAAGGGGGCGGCUGGACAGACCCUGACCUGGCUGAUUUCGAGCUGCUGGUCAUUUUGAGCGCCACGGUGGAGCCCACUAGCGCCACCUGUCAGGUCCGCACCUCCUACCUACCAGACGAGAUCCUGUGGGGCUACGCCUUCCCUCCCGUCGUGUCCUUGUCGGCCAAUGGCAAAUACGUGGCCGACUUUUCCUUCUUCGACAAGGUGGCCAAAACCCAAACCCCGCCCACUUUCAAGAAGCCCCCGCCCCCCAUCCCGAGCCCCGCCCGUCACAUUGACCCCGCCCCCAGCUCCAUCAGCUUCACUUCCUCCGGCAGCCGCACGGACGCGGAGAAGGUGAGGCUGGAGCAGAGUUAUCAGGUUCGUUCUAGCAGUGGAGACAGAGGACAAGGCAGGAGGAGAGAAAGCAGCCCUCAUAGCAUCAGGAUUAGUAAUGUUUGAAGCAGUUUUUCAGGGGCGGUACGAAGGAAUCAUCUUGAAAGAGUAAUCGGGAAGGUUUCUAAUGAGAAACGCUUUUUGAUCUGUCCAUUUUAUAUAGAGAUUAUUUUGAUCUGGAAUCCACGAUCUAGUACAGCUGUGGCCAAACUUUGUGCAUCACCUAGAAUUUUAGGAUUGACUGAACCUCCUUGUGCUCCGUCCUUCG